CACACUUCGAAUAUCAGUCAAGAUGGGCCUCUUAAAGAUGAUUCUGUUGAUCAUCGUCACGAUCUUCAUCCCACCCCUCGGCGUCUUCUUCGUCGCAGGCUGCGGCGCCGACCUCCUCAUUAACAUCCUCUUCACGCUAUUAGGCUACUUCCCCGGCCACAUCCACGCCUUCUACGUCGAAUAUGUCUACUACAAGCGGCGCGACGAAGCCCGGGCGGGCAUCUAUAACGCGCGGCCAGCACCUGGUGUGUACAGCGAGAGGGUUCAGCGCGGAGGGAAACAUGUGCAUGUGCAGCCGGUGCCCGCGGCUCCUGCGGCUCAGGGUUAUGGGACCAUGUAGAUUGCGCUGGGGGAGGUAGAUCGGAAGAGCAUGGGAGAAUGACUUGGCUCGGCUUCUUGAAGUUGUGUAGGAGAGGAUACCACGUAGAACCAGACUGCGAAGGUGAU